GGGGUGCUUUGGGCCCGCCCCGCCGCCGGGAUCUGCUGGCGGAAGGGGAAGUGGGAGGGCGGGCGACGGUGGGGAAGAUGGCGUAUCAGAGCCUGCGGCUGGAAUACCUGCAGAUCCCACCGGUCAGCCGCGCCUACACCACUGCCUGCGUCCUCACCACCGCAGCCGUGGUGAGCAGCCUCAGCGCCACCUUCCCGUUAUCUGGGCUGGAUAUGACUGGGUCUUCAGGAAACUGGGGUUUGGACGUUGGGGAAGUCCAAAGGGGCUGGUCCCGGUGAUGGGUGGAGGCAUACAGGGAUUAUUCUGGGGUUCGAGUUGGCGCCGAGAAAGCGUAUCCAGUGACCUGAGAAGGGAGUGCUGCUUCAUCGGGGAUCUGCAGUUGGAAUUGAUCACACCUUUUCAGUUGUACUUCAAUCCUGAAUUAAUCUUUAAACACUUUCAAAUAUGGAGAUUAAUCACCAAUUUCUUAUUUUUUGGGCCAGUUGGAUUCAAUUUUUUAUUUAACAUGAUUUUUCUAUAUCGUUACUGUCGAAUGCUAGAAGAAGGCUCUUUCCGGGGUCGGACAGCAGACUUUGUAUUUAUGUUCCUUUUUGGUGGAUUCUUAAUGACCCUUUUUGGUUUGUUUGUGAGCUUAGUUUUCUUGGGCCAGGCCUUUACAAUAAUGCUCGUCUACGUGUGGAGCCGAAGGAACCCCUAUGUCCGCAUGAACUUCUUCGGCCUUCUCAACUUCCAGGCCCCCUUUCUGCCCUGGGUGCUCAUGGGGUUUUCCUUGUUGUUGGGGAACUCGAUCAUUGUGGACCUUUUGGGUAUUGCAGUUGGACACAUAUAUUUUUUCUUGGAAGAUGUAUUUCCUAAUCAGCCUGGUGGAAUAAGAAUUCUGAAAACACCAUCUAUCUUAUGACCACUAGAACUUCAUGUUCCAGGAGGAGUCUACUGUUUUUAUGAAAGCUGCUGUCCACGUUUAGUGAAGUAAGGUAGCAAAAUGAGCAAAACUGAUGAAAGUUUCUAAUGGUGGACUUUCUGACCUGCCAAGCAGGUGGUUGAGAUAAGCAGUGAAGCAGAGUGGAAGUAGCUUUGGACUGGAAACCAGGUAUAGCUGUCCUACUGACCAGUUGUAUAGCAAGUCCCUCCUUUUUUGAACUUCAGUUUCCUGAAAUAGAACAAUAGAACUUUGAUUUCUUUUUUUUUUUUUGGACAUGGGGUCUUGCUCUGUCACCUAGGCUGGAGUGCAGUAGAACUUUUGAUUUAUGAGACCUCUUUCUACUCUGGAAUUUGGUGUCCUUGGGAGAUACCAUAUUAAAAAGGGCUCACUUGAGAAAUAAAAUGUGAGUUUUUGUUAUAAAAUGUUUGUUGUAGAAUAUUUAAGCAAGAAAGUAAAAUUGUCCAUGAUCCUGACACUUGGAUGUAGCAGGGGCUGCUAUUGUUAACUUUUCUUUUUGUAUUCUUCAGACUUUGCUAUCUGUGUACUUUUUUUUAAAUGCUGAGCCAGUCAAGGCUGUUGUGCACUAUGAUUGCGCCUGUGAAUAGCCACUGCUAUUCUUUGGCCAGGCCUUUUAAAAUAGCCACUGCAUUCCAGCCUGGACAACAUAACAUAUGCCUGUAAUCCCGGUACUUUGGGAGGUGAAGGCAGACAGAUCACUUGAGCUCAGUGCAGUGGUAUGAUCGUAGCUCACUCUUAACUCAAACCCCUGGGCUCAAGUGACCCUCCCACCUCAGCCUCCCAAGUAGCUGGGACUACAGGUACACACCACCAGGCUCUGCUAAUUUAAAAAAAAAAUUUUGUGUGUGGAAAUGUGGUCUCUCUGUGUUGCUCAGGCUAGUCUUGAACUCCUAUCCUCAGGUGAUCCUCCUGUCUCUUGGCCUCCCAAAGCAUUGGGAUUACAGGUGUGAGCCACCACACCCCACUUUUUUUUUUUUUUUUUUUUUUUUUGCAAUUGUUUUCUGGCUCAACAAGAUAUACCAGGCUCAUGUUGUGCUCUCCUUGAUCCGGUCCUGGAAUCAGCUGUUUCUUCAAGGAGCCCUGGUUCCUUUAAAGUGGAGAAUGGUAUUUAGAAGCCAGGAUCUGGGUGCUAUAUGUGCUCAUUGCUAUUGAAGUGUUGCUAUUCCCAGAUCCUCUCAGUGAACAGAGCAGUGGAAUUAUAUCUAUGUAUGAUAAUGUAUACACAUGUAUAUUUUUAGAUCUGUAGAUUUUCAAAAACACGGGUUUAUGCUAUCAUUUCUAGUACUACCCCAUGGUUCAUACUAGCUUUUUUCCUUUCUAUUUGUUUCCUCCCAUAUUUUAUUAUGAAAAUUUCUAAACUUAUAGGAAAUCAGAAAAAAAAUGUGAGCUUCAUUUAGGCACCACAUAAAU